GGCUGUGUACUGGCUAGCUGGAUUUGUCCUUCGCCCUCAAACUUCCCAAGCAAUUAAUUCACCUUCGUUAUGGGAGCCUGGACGCAACUUUUCCCUCCCAGCCCUCAUUUCACUGAGGCGCAAACCCCUUCCCUCGCCGGCAAAGUCUUCAUUGUCACUGGUGGGAAUUCUGGUGUUGGAUUGGAGCUUGUGAAGAUUCUCUAUUCCAAAGGCGGCCAUGUCUACGUGGCUGGCCGCUCUCCUGCAAAAAUCGCAACGGCCGUUGAAGAAAUCAAGGCAGAAGCAGCCAAGACGGCAGGGUCUACACCAGGACAGCUCAGUUCCCUGACGAUCGACUUGGGUAAUCUAUCCACCAUUGCGCCCUGCGUCUCCGACUUUCUGGCCAGAGAAUCCCGCCUCGACGUUCUCUUCAACAAUGCAGGUCUCAGUCGCCAACCUCCAGGUAGCGUCACGAGUCAAGGUCACGAGAUACACAUAGGCACCAACUGCCUGGGUCCUUACCUCCUGACAAAACUUCUACUUCCGAUCUUUGCACAGACUGCAAAGUCCGCACCCAAGAACAGUGUCCGCGUUGUGUUCACGUCUUCCGGGAUCAUCGAUAUGGCCGGUCCUCCAGGUGGCGUUUCAUUCCCCGAGCUUGAACCCGGCAAGCACUCUAAUGACAUGAACCGCAACUACAGUGCCUCCAAGGCCGGUAACUGGUUCUUGGCGUCCGAGUUUGACCGGAGAUGCGCCAAGGAUGGGAUUGUCGCUGUUGUGCAGAGCCCAGGGACAUUAAGGACCCCAGCCUGGAACGGGACUCCGUGGCUGAUGAGGGCUAUGAUGGCACCAUUCUUUUACCCACCAAAGAUGGGUGCUUACACUGAGCUCUGGGCUGGAAUCAGUCCUGAUGUAAAGAGUGGUGACGGAAACAAGUUCAUCAUCCCUUGGGGGCGGUGGAACAAGACGCCGAAGAAGGACCAUUUGGCCAGCUUAAAGUCGAAGAAGGAAGGUGGGACUGGGCUCGCUGCCGAGUUCUUCGAAUAUUGUGAUGCGAAAACGAAGGAAUUCGCUGCUUGAUAGAAAUGGUUUGAGCACCAUACUGUUCGUAGGAUAAACUGUUAGGGGUGAAGGAUGGAACUUGGUCUCACUUGAUAGUGGAUUUCCUGGUGUCAGGUGUCUUUUGUCAAACUUGCACGAUGUAGUCCUAGCAAUCGGAGACUUGGAGGCUCAUGUCUAUGAGUGAAAGACGUUGCGCGCAGGGCAGGUUCGCCUCGCACGCUACGUUUUAGACCCAAUCACACCACAGCAGGGCGCGUACCAUAUGCAGGGCAACUGCGACCAGGUGGCCGCAGAUGGUCGCACAUGGGCUUUAAAUUCAUACAAAACUACUCAAAGUUCG